CGGCGCUCGCGGCGUUGGUGACCGCACGCCAGCGCCGUCGACGGCGGUCAGCAGUCGCGCCUAUGCCUUGCGUGCGCGCACAUCACGAUUUCCCCAGUGCCGGACUGUAACGGCAGGCUCAUGUGAUCGACGAUGGCUCGGCAAGCUUGGCUCGCCAGCGGCGACAAGUACGCGACGGCCGCUGCCCCAUUCUUCCGCCAACUCCGGCUGCGCUAGCGGCGUCGUCGGUGACGGCGCGCGGCGACAGCUGGCUCGAGAUCACGCACGCGGGUGUUUUACCCGCGCGAAAGAACACGUCGAGGCGAUUCUUCCGACGUCGAAGACGGCCUGCCAUUCAUCGUCGCGCGCCCACCGUCGCGUAGUUCUCCGCGGCGAAGCGUCGGCGAUGGCAUCCAAGGAAGGCGAGACGUUUCACGACGCCAAGGAUGAUGCCGAACCCGAGGUGUUCGAGGAUGCACUCGAUGUCUCCAGUCCAAGGAUUGAGACGCGGCCUGCGGACACCGUCAACGUGGAGCGAGCUGCGGAAGAGGCGACCCGAGCCCUCGACUUGCUGCUCAGCAACCAGUUCGGCGAAGCGCUUAAGCGCAUGAAGCCCAAGGCCCACGAAAGCAUGUACCAUGCACUGGGGCAGUCCACCAUCAUGUUCAUGCAGGCGGUGCUCACCAUAGACAUGAGUGACAUCAAGAGUGCACAGGAAGCGAUCCGGCAGGGCGUCGACGUGUGCAACCGGAUGCGCCGCAGAACCUCGGCCGUGGCGCGGAUGCUGCUCCGGCCGGACUACAACACUUACACCAUGCAGGAAAUCCACGCGGAGCUGUGCUACGCCGAGUGCCUUCUGGAGAACGCCAUUUUGACGUUCGUCGAAGAUCAGAGCCUGGUGACCUUCAUCAAGGGAGGACUCAAGAUCCGGUCUUGUUACCAGUCUUACAAAGAAUGCAUGCAAAUGCUGGCAACAAGGAACUGGGAGAGUUCAAAGGAAAAGGAACACUUUGAGAGCGGUGUCCACUUGGGCGUUGGUGCAUUUAACCUGCUGAUCUCUCAACUUCCAUCGCGAAUCUUGAAGCUCUUGGAAUUCAUAGGAUUCUCCGGAAACAAGGUGCUGGGGUUGCGAGAACUAGAAGAUGGCUGCAUGAUGCAAGACUACCUCCGUGGGCCUCUGUGCAGUAUUGUGCUUGUGGCGUAUCACACGUUCGUCCUCUAUAUCCUGGGACUUGGCGACGGAGAUCUAGAACUUUCGGAAAGGCUAGUGAAGGGCCUUCUAAGUAAAUAUCCAAAGGGCGUACUCAGUUUGUUUUUCAAUGCACGGAUGCAUCAGGUCAAGGGCCAGAUAGAAAAUGCAAUAAACCAGUAUUAUGAAGCAAUCGAAGCGCAGAAUGAGUGGAUUCCUUUCCAUUAUAUUUGCUACUGGGAACUGCUUUGGUGCCAUUGCUUCAGGUGCGACUGGGACCGAGCCAUCGAGACUGCCGACAUCCUGCGCAAGGGUUGUCGGUGGUCCAAGGCUACCUACGUCUACAUCCAGGCUUCUUGCCUGUAUGCCAAGUACAGAGAGGGAAGUACAGAACUCAUGGAAGAGAUUUCCAACCUCCUCAGGCAAGUUCCAGGGCUCAAGCAGAAAAUUGCUGGUAAAUCCAUCCCCAUCGAAAAGUUUGUGGUAAAGAAGUCUCAGAAGUUCUUCGACAAUGGCCAGCGGCUCACUCUACCUGUCGUGGAAAUCAUGUACAUGUGGAACAGCUUCCCCAUGAUCGGGCGCAACGAGAAGCUCCUGCUCCAGAUCUUGGGACUCAUCGAAAACUGUCUGCCAACGGUUUCCAGGGAGAAAGAGAUGGACGAGAGGUACGUCGACGACUACUGCCUCGCGAUGCUGCUGAAGGGCGUGUGCAUGCGCUACAUGGGCCACCCCUUGCAGUCUGAGGAAUGCUUCCUCGAAGUUUUCAAGUAUCAGGACCAGAUCCUGGAGGACACGUACCUGCUGCCUUUCGCCGCUGCCGAGCUGGGCUUCUUGUCUAUGCAGCAGCAACAGUAUACCAAGGCCAAGGAAUGGCUGGACCAGGCCAGGAACAACUACCAUGACUACCUGCUCGAGUCCCUGGUGCACUUCCGGAUCCACUCGGCGCUCAAGUCGCUCCGCAGUGGAGGCCACUUGUCACCCCGAUCUGACCCGACGACGCCGUCACCCACCAACUCCCCGUUCCCGUCGCCCCUGAACACGCCGACGCAUGGCGUGAUGGUCAACGGCUUCCCCUACCUGAGCACCAGCCCAGGCAUCACAAAGAAAGUGAUGCACCCGCCCAUUCCGAACGCUGGCGAGGAAGGCAUCGUGGGUGCCGACUGAGUCUCCAAUCAUUCCCCGAGACAAAAAAAAAA